AGGGUGGGCCGGCGGCGUCGCCGGGACGGGAGGCCCGUGGCGGCAGCGGCGUGAGGUGAGGUGAGGGCCGGGCCUGGCCUCGACUCGACUCCCGUGACCGCGCCGGUGCUUCCUGCCGCGUACCGCGGAGAAGGCCGGCUUACCUCUGGGGUUUCUCUUUUGUCUCGGUCCCGCUCCCUCACGCCGCCUCAGGGGAGGCGCUGCCCCUCUGGGCCGGCCCUGGCUUGGCGGGAAGGGAACGGCGCCUUCCCCGCCCUGGGCGGCCUCCCUGGGUGGUGGGAACGGGGUAGGGCUGCUGGGAAGGCGGCGUUUCGAGCAGCCGCGCCGGGUGAGCCCGGGGCUCUCGCGGGGAAGCUGCUGGGAAGUGCCCGGGUGUCUCCGGGGCGAGGAGGCGAGGAGCUGGGGGCGGCUGCGACCGAGAAAGGGGCACAGCCUUCGCCCUCUCUCUCGGCUUCGGCGUUUCUGUGAGCAGGUGUCGAUACUCAUCAGUGGGCAGCCGUUCAAGUCUAUCGAUAGCCGAGCGUUGCAGAUCUUUGAAAUACCAAUACCAUCAAGGUUUGGUUACCAGGGGCUGGAUUAACUGAACAUACUGCUUUUGCUGCGCUAUGCUCGAGGGCAUGUAUGGCUGAAGGUGUCAGCCCCCUUCCCUUGCUGCAGGGCAGUGCUGUUCUGUUUCCCAUCAUGUGACCUGGCGCACCUGCACAGCAAAUAGCUUCCUUUUUCAAAGAAUGAGCACAUGUCGAUGGUGUACACCUAGUGGUUCUGACACCACUGAAUUCCUGAAGAGCUAUGCUUCUAAACGGUUGUCCCCGGAAGAUCUUGAAGGAUCCAAUGAUGAUCUCUGCUACUGCCUGGAGUGUGUGGUUGAAUACCACAAAGCAAGGGAAAAAUUGCCAAGGUUGCAUGAGGUCUUGUGGGAGUUGGAAACCUCCCGUCUUGUUGCCCACAUCAAGAAAUCCAUGAGGGAAGAAGCUGGAGAAGAUGAUGAGUUGUUUAUAGUGGAUGAGAACGGAGAUACACAGCUGUCUGGUUAUGUGGGCCCAGAUUUUGAGAAUAACCUGCGAGUGCCCCUUCUAGAAAUACUGAAAUAUCCAUACCUGCUGCUGCAUGAGAAAGUCAGUGAGCUGUGUGUAGAAGUGCUCUGUAGAAUGGAACAAGGUCACAGCUCCUUUCAGGUCUUUGAGAAAUAUCCAGGAAUUUAUCUCUUUUUGGUACACCCGAAUGAAGUGAUUCGUCGAUGGGCUAUCCUAACAGCAAGGAAUUUAGGGAAGGUUGACAGGGAUGAUUACUAUGACUUACAGGAAGUGCUGACUUGCUUGUUCAAAGUUAUUGAGUUGGGUCUUUUUGAGAGUCCAGAUAUUUACAGCUUUUCAAUGAUCGAAAAGGGUAAACUCAUCCUUCUGCCAUCUCAUUUAUAUGAUACUGCCAACUACAAGAACUAUUGGCUAGGGAUUUGUAUGUUGCUAACAGUGUUGGAAGAACAAGCUAUGGACUCCUUGUUACUGGGCCCAGACAAACAAAAUGAUUUCAUGCAGUCCAUACUUCACACCAUGGAGAAAGAAACAGCUGAUGAUUCUACUGACCCCUUCUGGCCAGCGCUGCAUUGUUUCAUGGUUAUUUUGGAUCAGCUCGGAUCUAAAGUAUGGGGUCAGCUUAUUGAUCCUGUCCAAGCCUUUCAAACCAUUAUCAACAGUGUGAGCUACAACAAUGAAAUAAAAAAUAUACGCAGUAGCUUUAAGAGGACAAAAUCUGAACCGGAGUCAGACUACAAUGAUGACAUGGUUACUUGCAGUCAGAUUGUGUAUAAUUAUAACACAGAAAAGCCUCAAAAGGAUACUGGAUGGAAGACUGCCAUUUGUCCAGACUACUGCCCCAACAUGUAUGAAGAUAUGCAAACACUGGCUAAUGUGCUUCAGUCUGAUAUUGGCAGAGAUAUGCGUGUCCAUGACAGCACGUUUCUGUGGUUCAUCCCUUUUGUUCAGUCGCUUAUGGAUCUCAAGGACUUGGGUGUAGCAUAUAUAGUAGAGGUCAUUCACUACCUCUGCUCGGAAAUCAAACAUAUUCUCAAUGAAAGAAUCCAGCAGUGUGACAAAAUCUCUGAAUUUUUUCUCCUGAUCUUGGUGUCGAUUAUUGAACUACACAGAAAUAAAAAGUGCCUGCAUUUGCUGUGGAUUAGCUCCCAAGAAUGGGUAGAAGCAGUGGUGAGAUGUGCUAAGCUUCCAGCUAUAGCAUUUACACGGUGCACUGAAAAAGCAUCUGGACACUAUGCGAGAGGUUCAUCAGCAGUAUCUUUACAAGCUUCUAACUCGGUGCAGCAUGCCUGUGUGCAGUUGAUACGCAGCCUUCUUAGAGAAGGCUAUCAAAUUGGGCAGCAUGCUCUUUGCAAGCAAUACCUAGACAAACUCAAUCUUCUUCUGCGAGGAACUCUAUCUUUAGGUUGGCAGCUGAACAUCCAGGAAACCCAGGAAUUACAAAUGUGUUUAAAGCAAGUUAUAAGAAGUAUAAAGGACAGAGCAUUGAAUACCUCUGCGCCUGUAGGAAACAAUGCAAACUCCACAACUUUGCCUGCCAUUUCUAUAAAGCAAGAGAAGAGCGCACGUGGCGGAGAUGACCUUUGUUCACCAUUUGCUGUCGUAUUGAAGGAAGGUGAAGAUUGUCAAGAGAACCUUCUCCCUAGAAGAAAGAGUGCCUGGGAAGAGGAAUGUAGAGAUGCAUCUAAAAGUUCAAGAUCUUGGACAUCCACAGAAGGCCUCUUGGUGAAUAUUAAAAAGGAACUUAAUGACUUGACAACUCAGGAAUAUGUUUGCCCACAGAACCCUUUGGCAGCAAAAGUAUCUGGGAAAGUUCAGGGAAAUAGGAACAAUGAUCUCGUGGCAGGGAAAUGUGAUAUGGAUAAUCAGUGCUUUAAUCCAGAUGCCCAGUAUUCAGAUUUCAGAAGAGGCAGAGAGUUGGAAAACAAAUGUGAAGCAGGACCAGGAACACUAAUGCAUCUGGCUGCUCAAACUUGUAUUGGUUCUCCAGAACAUGUUUACAGCUCAGAUGUAAAGGAAAGCUGUAUGUCUCCCAGUUCCUCUUCAAAGUUUAAAGUAGAUGUGAAUAGACUCAUGAAUUUGAAAAACAUGGUACAGAAAACUGAAUGGCCCUCAAAAGUAUCACAGCUAGUGAAGACACAUGACUUGAAAAAAUGCAGUUUAGCAGCAAGUGCUUCGAAAGCAGAGGUAGAGCGACCGAAGUUUUGCACUGGCUAUCUGUGUACAAGCAAAGAUUGUCAUAAACAUUGGGGAGUGAAUACUGUAUGUGAAAAUGAAAUCUCUGUUGGUACUCCAUCUUCAAGGAGUUGUGAAAGUGCACAGGAAAAAAGUGUCAACAGUGCUUUUCAAUCCAGACUGGUUCCAACUAAGCAGGUAUCAAAAGAAACACCACUAGAUUGCUCUAGCUCCUCUAAAAAUGAAUGUGGUAUGCAGGAAAAUGAAGAUGACAGUGUUUUGCUUUCAGGGAUUAGAGACACCUUGCUGCAAAAAGUAUCCACUGAAGAAAAAUCAGGUUCAUUGUUGAAAUCUGUGUUCAAGAAAGACACUGACAUGCAAACUUCAGACCAGGAACAGCCUCAUUUAAAUAACUUGGUUAAACAUGACUCUAAAGGUCAAAUUUCAAAGACAUAUUGUAUGGAUAAAGCUUCAGCAAAUGGUUGUGUUCCAUCUAGCUCUGAAAACAAGAGGGAUAUAUCCAACCCUGCUUCUCAGAUCAGGCCGCUGUCAGUGAAGUGUGAAUCAAGUGACAGGUUGUUUGAAUUUUCAGAGUAUUUCAAGAGAGAAAACAAUUCAAUGGGGAAGAAGGAGGAGGAUUUUGCAAAGAUGGUUUCUGAAGAUAAUACUGUUACAGACUCCCAGGUUGAUAGAGAACUCGGUAAAUUAUCUUUAGCUGCGUAUGCCAAAAGUGUCAAUUUUCCCUUUGAUUCAAGCCAAGGAAGCUCCGUACAUCAUAAUGCAUGUGAUAUUAAAAGGAAAGUGAAAGGUGCUGUAAGAUCUUCCAAUGAUGGCCAAAGUACCAAGUCUCCCUGUGAUGCAGAUUGCCUUGACAAUGAAGUCAUUAUAAUUUCAGACUCUUCUGAUGAAGAAAAAGGUGUGGCUGACAAGGAGGAAACAAAAAAAACGAAUGAAAACGUGUGUCCUGAAAAGCAGCCUUCAACUUCCAGCUGCAUUUCUGAUAGCGAUAGCAAAACAGAAUCAAAGACUCCAAGCUGUCACUUGUCACUGGAAGACUGUGAGUCUCAGUACUUUGAAUUUGAAACAGAAUUUGAUGUCUUUUCGGUUUGGCAAGAUACUCAAGCAUAUAGUACGGAAGCAACUCAGGAGUAUAAACAAGAUCAUGUUUCAGCAUCGGUUGAUAGUAGUAAUUCAGAUGGCUUACUGAACGAUCACACAAAUGAAUGGGGUUACGAUCUGGAUUAUAUAAGCGAUGAUGCCAUGGAAGAAGAAGCAAAUUUGAUAGAAAAACAGGUAGAAAAUAUCUCUCAUGAGAAAGAAGCUGAUAAUACAAAAGAAGUGACUAAUUCAACAUUGCAAGAAUCUAUUAGUAAGGGAGAUGCAAAAGAUCAACUGGAGAAUUUUGCGGACAAAGGUGCUGUUGCUAAAGACUUCACCCUGGACUCAAAAUUGACUGAACCCAGACCAUCUACAUCUAACAUCUCAUUAGCUUCAAAGUUGGCCCUUAAGAAAAAUAGCGCAAGCCCACAGAAGAACAUAGCAAAAUCUAAGGUAGCAAGAACUAUUCAAAGAAGUCCUAAAAAACCUCCUGUUCUUAAAACAGCACAAAAUAAAAAACUACUUCAAAAUACAUCAAAAAAUUCUCAACCUGGCAGGUCAAUGCCUGCUGUGGUUCCUCCAAGGAAAGUUCGACAGUGUCCUGCACCAGCAUCAACUGUAGAAAAACUUGGUCUGAAGAAGGCACCCCGCAAAGCGUUUGAAUUAUCCCAGCGCUCUUUAGAGAGCAUAACUCAAUUGCGCAGCUAUGGUAAAGCUGCAGGGAGAGUUGGAGUUGUACAGAAACAGAAGAUUAAACUAAUUGCUCCUCAGAGUUUGUCUGUAAAGCAUAAUAAAAAAUUGCUAGCCUGCCAAGACCUUCAGUUUUUUAGGCAGACAAGGCCCAAAAAAAGUGUCAGAGUGAAAAAUCCUGCAGGAAGUUCUGAGAGCAGAAACAAAAAAGUUAGCAAAGUGGAUGCAAGAUCUAUGAAACAAAAGCCUAAAAGUUUUGAACUGGCAUCUGUUGAAAGAUUGGUUGAAAACCAAAGAGGGGAAAAAAGGGAGGAGACUCUUUGUCCCUCUCCCAGUGAGAUAAAAUUUGAAAGCCUCUCUGUGGAGGAGGCCACCUGUGUCUCUAAAAUGCCUGGUUCUUCAGACUCAAACAGAAAAUCAGAGGAUAACAGUAUGAUGGUUCCUCCUGUACCUAUGGAUUCAAGUCUCUCUUCCGCUGCACUUGUUGGAGAUGAUAAAGAUGAACCUUCAGGAAGAGGUUGUAUUGUCCAGCCUGAGUGUGAGAAGACAACUUCAAGAGAAAAUGGGUGUAAACGAAAUGAAAACAGUGAAGAUGAUGAUGGUUUAUUUUUAACUCAGUUAGAUCCUGUGGAUAUGGAAUUAUGUUCUGAGGAGGAAAGUGUUCAAGAUACUGCUAGAGGUAGUGAAAAAACAGAGGAAAUGGACACUGCUGAAAACCUUCAGGAGAAUGAAUCCUCGACUGUUGUGAAAUGUAAAUACAAAGACUGUAUGGAAAAAGUGGAAAAACCGGCAGAGUACUGUAGUAAGCAUUCAGCCACCAGCUCAGAAGCAGAUCACUUGUUUGCUAAACCUUCUCUCCCACCGCCUUCUAAAACAAGAAGGCCUUCCACUACCAAAACUUUCAGCUCAGCAAGUUCUUCACGGAAUGCAGCCUUCAGCAAGGAUCUAGAAGAUGUUAAGCUACCGCCACCUUCAAAAAGCAAAGUGAAUACAGCGAAACCGGUGGUCAGGCCACCAAAUGCAAAGGCUAUACCAAUAGGAAAUCAAACACGCAAGUCUCCAAGUUUCAGUAAUGUACCUCAACCCCGUGUUUCUAAUAACGUUCUCCAGUCACAAAAUAGACAGAAUGAUAAUGCUUCAAAUAUUUCCAGAAGGCCUGCCCGAGAAGCAUAUUACUCUUCCUUUCUUGGCGCUCAGCAGCGUGAUCAUAGAAUUUUUGUUAAUGAAGUCCUACAGUGGACUUACGAAAUGUUUUCAAACUCCAGCCAGUUCGGACCUCCAAGUGAUCUCCUGCAGUCUGUAGCAGGCUCUGUUCCUGUCCAAUUUCAGGGAUACAAUGACUAUUUUAGUACAUUUUUCCCCUUGAUGAUGCUAAAUGCCUUUGAAACACUGGCACAAGAGUGGAUAGAAAACCAGAGAGUGAGAGAGAAGAGUUACUACUUCUACUUACAGAACUUCUGUGCUGACUUGAAUACAGCAGAUUUUACAGCUCAUUUUCAAGAAAGUGAUUUGGCAAGGCAGCUUCAUCCAAAGGAGGAUGACUUAAUCUUUUUGGUGGUCCAAAAGAAAAAAGACACCUUUAGGGAAGAAAGUGAGACGGAGGACCAUAUAGUGAAUCACGUUGGUCUUGUGACACGAUUUUCUCGUGCAUCUGGCUGUUUAACUAGACAAAAGGAGCAGCAUACCGUCUGUCAUCUUUCUGUGAAAACUCGAGGCAAUUUGUCAUUCUUCAUAAAUAAGCAAGUGAAGUGUGUGGUGGUUGGAUCCCUGGUGACCACAGACCGAACAUUCAAGGGCCUACUACUGUUGAGCAGGAGUCCCCUGGCUAAACCCAUCAUAAACCCAAGUUACGAUGACUUCUGUCCCAGAGAUUUGCCCAUAACUUCAGAAAGUGCUGCAUCAGAUGUGAACGAAUACAAUGAAGAUCAAAAGAGAGCCAUUGAGACUGCUUAUGCCAUGGUAAAGCAACAUCCAGGGCUUCCCAAGAUCUGCCUCAUCCACGGUCCACCUGGAACAGGGAAAUCAAAAACUAUUGUUGGACUUCUGUCUCGUGUUUUGAGAGAAAACAUUAGGAAGGAGAAGACAACUCAAAAAACAAAUUCCAAGAUCAAGCCAAACCGUUUUCUAGUUUGUGCACCAUCAAAUGCUGCUGUUGAUGAACUCAUGAAAAAGAUCAUCGUUGCAUUUAAGGAAAAAUGCCAAAACAGACAGGAGCCUUUGGGAAACUGUGGUGAUAUCAAAUUAGUGCGACUUGGAGCUGAAAAAGCAAUCAACAGUGAAGUCCGGGGAUUUAGCCUGGAUAAGCAAGUUGAACAUAGAAUGAAACGAAAGCCAGCUGACUGUGACCAGGAUAUUCAGAAGAAAAAAACAGCUCUGGAUCAAAAGCUGGACAUGCUGUCUCGUCAGCGUGCCAUGUACAGAUGUGAGAAGAGGGAGGUGAGUCAAAUGUUAGAUGAUGAAAUUGGCAGACUUUCAAAGGAAAGACAACAGCUUGCUUCUCAACUAAAGGAGGUUCGGAGGCACUCGCAGAAAGUACAGGCAGAUAUCAUCUUGGAGUCCGACAUUAUCUGCUGCACGCUGAGCACAAGCGGAGGAAGUCUGCUGGAAUCUGCUUUUUUGCGGCAAGGCCUUGAUCCUUUCAGCUGUGUCAUUGUGGAUGAGGCAGGGCAGUCCUGUGAGGUUGAAACACUGAUUCCACUGAUCCACCGCUGUAAUAAACUUGUUCUUGUUGGAGAUCCCAGACAGCUCCCUCCUACUGUAAAAUCAGUAAAAGCUCAGGAAUAUGGCUACGAUCAGUCCUUGAUGGCACGUCUGCACAGACACCUGGAGGAGCAAGUGCGGAAGAAUGUUUUACGAAGCCUGCCAGUUGUGCAGCUGACUGUGCAGUACAGGAUGCACCCUGACAUCUGCCUCUUCCCAUCCAAUUACGUUUAUGGCAGGACUCUAAAGACUGACAACAGACUGCUGGCCACAGUUUGCUUUCACUUGGAGGGGUGUCCAGUACACCUGGAAUUGACAGCCCCAGGGGUGGAAAUGCAGCCCUACCAUUUGCCAUGGAUUGAUCAAGACUGCACUGGAACAGGGUGAAGCUCUGGAACACCUGCAGUGCACUGACAUCGUUGUAUGGGGCGACACAGCAGAAGAAGUUUUUGAGAAAGGGAGAAAAUAGUUCAAAUCCUUCUGAAGGCUGGUUUUGCCAUAAAAAGAAGUAAGGUCAAGGGACCUGCACAGGAGAUCCAGUUUUUAGGAAUAAAAUGACAAGAUGGGUGUCGUCAGAUCCCAAUGGAUGUGAUCAACAAAAUAGCAGCUACGUCUGACUAGCAAAAAGGAAACACAAACUUUCUUAGGUGUUGUGGGUUUUUGGAGAAUGCAUAUUCCAAAUGACAGUCUGAUUGUAAGCCCUCUCUAUCAAGUGACCUGGAAGAAAAACAACUUCAAAUGGGGCCCUGAACAACGAUAAGCCUUUGAACAAAUUAAACGGGAGAUUGUUCAUGCAGUAGCCUUUGGGCCAGUCCAGGCAGGACAAAAUGAUAAAAAUGUGCUCUACACUGCAGCCAGGGAGAAUUGCCCCACCUGGAGUCUCUGGCAGAAGGCACCUGGGGAGACCCAAGGCUGACCCCUGGGGUUUUGGAGUUGGUGAUACAGAGGAUCCAAGGCCCAUUAUACUCCAGCUGAAAAAGAGACACUGGCAGCGUAUGACGGAGAGUUUGAGCUGCCUCAGAAGUGGUUGAUACUGAAGCACAGCUCCUCCUGGCACCCCGACUGCUGGUGCUGGGCUGGAUAUUCAAAGGGAGGGUCUCCUCUACACGUUGUGCAACUGAUGCCACAUGGUGUGAGUGGGUCGCACUGAUCACACAAUGGGCUCGAAUACGAAAUCCCAGUUGCCUAGGAAUUUUGGAAGUGAUCAUGGACUGGCCAGAAGGCAAAGAUUUUGGAAUAUCACCAGAGGAGGAGGUGACACGUGCUGAAGAGGCCCCACUGUAUAAUAAACUGCCAGAAAAUGAGAAGUAUGCCCUGUUCACUGAUGGGUCCUGUCGCAUUGCGGGAAAGCAUCGGAAGUGGAAGGCUGCCGUAUGGAGUCCUAUACGACAAGUCGCAGAAACUGCUGAAGGAGAAGGUGAAUCAAGCCAGUUUGCAGAGGUGAAAGCUAUCCAGCUGGAUUUAGACAUUGCUGAUCAAGAGAAAUGGCCAGUGUUCUAUCUCUAUACUGACUCAUGGAUGGUGGCAAAUGCCCAGUGGGGGUGGUUGCAGCAAUGGAAGCAGAGCAACUGGCAGCACAGAGGCAAACCCAUCUGGGCUGCUUUAUUGUGGCAAGGUACUGCUGCCCAGCCAGAGAAGCUGGUUGUAAAAGUACGUCAUGUAGAUGCCCAUGUACCUAAGAGUUAGGCCAUUGAAGAACAUGAAAACAACCAGCAGGUGGAUCAGGCUGCUAAGAUUGAGGUGGCUCAGGCGGAUCUGGACUGGCAACAUAGGGGUGAAUUAUUUGUAGCUCAGUGGGCCCAUGACACCUCAGGCCAUCAGGGAGGAGAUGCAACAUAUAGAUGGGCUCACGAUCAAGGGGUGGACUUGACCAUGGAUACUAUCGCACAGGUUUUCCACGAAUGUGAAACAUGGGGCAAUUGAGCAAGCCAAGCAGUUAAAGCCCCUGUGGUGUGGACAGCAAUGGCUGAAAUAUAAAUACGGGGAGGCCUGGCAGAUUGAUUAUAUCAUGCUCCCACAAACUUGCCAAGGCAAACACCAUGUGCUUACAAUGGUGGAAGCAACCACCGGCUGGCUGGAAGCAUAUCCUGUGCCCCAUGCCACCGCACAGAACGCUAUCCUGGGCCUUGAAAAACAAGUCUUACGGUGACAUGGCACCACAGAAGGAAUUGAGUCAGACAGCAGGACUCAGUUCCAAAACAACCUCAUAGAUACCUGGGCCAAAGAGCAUGGCACUGAUUGGGUAUAUCGCAUCCCCUAUCGUGCAUCACCUUCCCGGAAAAUUGAACAAUACAAUGGACUGCUAAAAACUACACUGAGAGCAAUGGGGGCUGGGACCUUCAAACAUUGAGAUACACAUUUAGCAAAAGCCACCUGGUUAGUUAACACUAGAGGAUCUACCAAUUGAGCUGGCCCUGCCCAAUCAAAACUUCCAUGUACUGUAGAAGGGGAUAAAGUCUCUAUGGUGCACAUGAAGAAUAUGUUAGGGAAGACAGUCUGGGUUAGUCCUGCCUCAGGCAAAGGCAAACCCAUCUGCAAGAUUGCUUUUGCUUAAGGACCUGGGUGUACUUCCUGGGUGAUGUGGAAGGAUGGGGAAGUUCAAUAUGUACCUCAAGGGGAUUUGAUUUUAGGUGAGAAUAGCCAGUGAAUUAAAUUGUAUGAUGUUAAUUGCUAAAUAACCCUGUUGUCGUAUGUCAUCACUACUACAGUUGCUAUGUGCCAUAUCAAUGGUAUUACAGUAAGAAUCACCCAAAUCACUGAAGGAUGGAUUUUGAUGAAACUGAGCAAAGUGCAGUGGUGAUGGAACUUGGACUGGCUUCAGCACUGGUGCCCAGCAACUUCAACAUUGACAUCUUCAACCCGCAGAUCGUGGGCACGGGCCGUGCCAAAUAGACCAGCUGCAAGUUCCAGAUGCAGCAUGCAAUAAUCCAACACCACACACCAUCUCUCCUGCCCUGAAAAGAGCGUUAUGACAGGUGGAGCCCCAAAGUCGUAGAUUAAAUGAACUCAAUGGACAUGUUAGAGGGAUGGCCCAUAGACGAAGGGAAUGGUAUCUCUGUGUGUGUGUGUAUAUCUCAAAGACAGGAAAAGUGGUGGUAGAUGAUUGGAAAGUCUAGGAUCUGGGCAUCGCAUAGAUGGUCUAGAAUAGGGGGUGGAUAAUGUCCUGGGUUUGGCUGGGGUAGAGUUAAUUUUCACAAGAAGCUGGGAGGGGGCACAGCCAGGACAGCUGACCCAAACUAGCCAAGGGGAUGUUCGAUACCAUAUGAUGUCAUGCUCAGUAUAUAACUGGGGGAGCUGGCUGGGGCAAGGAGGGGUUGCGGCUUGGGAAGGGACUGAGCAUCAGGUUCCAGGCGGUGAGCGAUUGCUUUUUGGAUCAUUUGCUUUAUAUAUACUUUUAUUAGUAGUAUUGUUUCUUCUUUCCUUGUGUUGUCCUAUUAAACUGUCCUUAUCUCAACCCACAAAGUUUUACUUUUUCUUCUGAUUCUCUUCCCCAUCUCACUGGGGAGGGGGGAAGAGUGGGCAAGUAGCUGCAUGGUGCUUAGUUGCCAGCUGGGCUUAAACCAUGACAGUAAGUUAACUAAAUCACUUAAAACUGAGCAUACUUACUGCUUAGAGUUCAUUUUGAGGCCUCAGUAUAUGCAGGUAGCAGUGAAAAUUAAGGAUGCUGGAAAAACAGCUGAAAGUUGCUUGUAUUUGAUAACAAAUGAAGUAUCAAUUCUUAGAAUUCCUGUAUAGUUACCUAGUGAUAAAAAUGUUAC